AUGAAGAAGUAUACAUUACUGCAAACCUACUUCUUUCUCCUCCUCUUGCUCUAUAGAAGUGCCCUCGCUAUUACGGAGAAUGCUCUGACAGCACUCACCUUCAAUCAUCACAACGGAGUGUGGAUGAACAAGGGUGCCGCUUACUACCGCUGUGCAUCACCUCAGUUUGAAAGGCGAACAUGUGCAAAUUUCAGUCAUAUUCAUAGCCCCGUAACAAAGAACCAAGUUAUCCGUCCUCAUUGUGCCUUUCUGUUGCAUAGAAUUUCCUGUGCUUUGCACAGACUCAACUGUCCUUCAUAUCCAGAAUCCUCCUUCCAGGUAAAAUUUCUUGUAUUUGAAUCCAUAAUAUUGAAUCGGUAUUACAUACGGGGUUGA